CUAACCCUCCAGAAGACAGAACCAAUGGUGUGCCAGGUGUACGAUCUUCUGCAUCUCGUGUGGAAGACCUACCACUUCAGCGGAAAGUCCAAGAGAGAGCUCAAUCAAAUAGGGAAAGAGCUUGGCGUGGAUGUCUGCACACCAUCUACCGUCAAAGGGACACGCUGGAUCCCCCAUGUCCACAGGGCUCUCAAAGUGUUCCUGCGACAUGGAGCAGAAAAGGACCUCGCCACAGACCAUGGCCAGUACUCCAUUGUCCUGCAGCACAUGGAGCACCUGGCUGUUGCAGGUACAGUGGAGGUUCAAGGACGGGCAAAGAAGGUCAGUUUUACGCAAUACAUUAAGUAAAAAAAAUAGAUUUAAGUCAAAUGACAUUUCAGACUUGAAUAGUUGGCAGGUGAGGAGGUGGCUAGGAAUACAACACUUAUUUUGUGUUGAUCUACUCACUACUACACAGGUAAAGAGAGGAAUGGAGAAUGCACUUUUUUGUGUAUUCUGCCAUUUUCUCGCUGACAUGUUCGAGGAGCUGUCUACACUUAGCCUCACCCUGCAGAGAAAUGACCUGAUCCUCCCCCAAGCCAUGUCAGAGCUGAGGAAGACUGUGACAAGACUAGACGGACUUAAGUCUAGGGCAAAGUCAGGAGGCAUGCUGGAGAAGAUCCAGACCACGCUUGCUCAGCAUGGAGAUGAUGAGUGCAGAUUCCAGGGAAUACCACUGAAGGGGAAUCUGACAGGUCUCACAGACCUCACCCAUCCCCAGCUGAAGAAGCACAUGGAGGCGGCCAUCAACAUUGGUGUGACUGAGCUAAAAGCCAGGUUUGGUGGGCUCCUGAAUGAUGAGGCUGAAGUCAAGACCCAGGUUCAGGCCUUCAAAGUCUUCAACCAUGACACAUGGCCAGAUGACCUGGGCAGCCUUCUGACCUUUGGUGAUGGUGAUGUGGCAGACCUGGUGAGGCAUUUCAGAGAGCCUCUUGAGAGAUCAGGGUGUGACCUGGCGGCUGUUCAGGACGAGUGGCAGGGACUGAAGAUUUUGGUCAGUCAAAGCUUCAAGGACAAGUCCUACAGUGGCCUGUGGGAGACAAUGCUCACCAAGGAGCCAUACAGGGAGGAUUACAAGAACAUACUGGAGUUGGUGCAGCUGAUGUUAGCACUGCCCAUUUCAGCUGCUCAGUGCGAGAGGGGCUUCUCUGCACAAAACCGUAUAAAGAGCUCCAAAAGAAGCAGCCUUGCAGUCUCCACCACCGAAGACCUCAUGAGGAUCACCCUGGAGGGGCCAAGUCUUGAGGACUAUGAUCCAAGUCCUGCUGUGGACCGCUGGAUGAACUCAGCCAAGCGUGCCAGGCGACCUGACUACAAAAAAUUGUGGGACAGAGAUAUUCUCUGCGUUUAAUUGCAGUAGGCCUUAUGAUGGCACUGUGGUAUAUGUUUAAUGUGUGUUACUGAUUUGACUGUUAAUAAUAAAAUUGUGUUAUUUAAAAAAUUUCAUAGUGCUCCUAAAUCUUUUCUGUGCUCCUAAAUUUUUUCAUUUAGGAGCACCUGUGCUCCUAGUGAAAAAGCUAAGCGUACA